ACCACUAUAUAUAUAUAUAUAUAUAUAUAUAAUCCCAACACCUUACACCAACCCAAUAGUUCCACUUGCAUAUCAACAACAACAACAAUGGCCUCAUGGAAGAAAACCAUUGCCACCCCUUUCAAAAAAGCUUGCACUUUCUUCAACCAGCAACCCCCCAGAGACCCUAAGAAGUCUCAAACAGAGCAAGAGAACCGGAUUAUGGAUCUCCAUGGUGAGGUGAUGGCAUGUGGGUAUGAAGAUGUUCAAGUUAUGUGGUCAAUUCUUGACAAGUCAAAAUCUUCGGCCUGCAAUAUAACUUCAUCGUGACACCCUCUUGAAGGUUUUUCUGAGUCACGGCUUGUUUUGAUGGAUGAUGAUGAUGAUGUGUGAAUGUAAAGAGUGAUGAUAUAUGUGUAGGUGUUUCAUAGGUUUGGAUCAGUGCCCCUUCUUCAUGGUGCCGAUUUCACUUUGUGAUUCUUGCAAGUCAAGGACUUAUUAUCAUUAACAGGGAAUCCACAUGAUUCGUUAGAGCAAAUCAUGGAGAGAUUUUAUUUUUAUUUUUUAUCAAAUGUACAUUUUUUUUUAAUCUAUUCUCUGUUUUUCUC